AUGGCCCCGUCCUCGCUUCCCCACCUCCUCUUCCUCCUUGCCUUGACGUCGCCCGUCGCCGUCCUCGCUGCCGCCGCCGGCGGCGGCGAAGGCGACCACGGCCUGACGCACAUCCACCUGUACGUCCACGAGACGUACACGGGGGCGAACGCCACGGCCGCCGCCGUGCUGCAGUCCCCACUGGGCGCCAACUCGUCGUUCGGGAGCAUGGGCGUGGUGGACGACGAGGUACGCGUGGGCCCGGACCGGUCGUCGCAGCUCGUGGGGCGGUACCAGGGCGUCUUCUUCGGUACGAGCGUGGAACUGGGCAAGGGCUACCUGACGUCCAUCACGCUGGUGUUCACCGCCGGCGAGUACGGCGGGAGCACGCUGUCCGUGCAGGGCCCCCCUGCUCGGGUUCACCGGCACCAUCGAGCGCGCCGUGGUCGGCGGCACCGGCAAGUUCAGGCUCGCGCGCGGGUACAUGCUGUUCAAGAUGAUAAGCAAGCCGACGCCGGAGACGGACGUCAACGAGAUCAACCUGUUCGUGCUCAUGCACCCUGCUGGCAAAUACUAGCACGCACAUUGAGACUUUGA